GAUGACGUCGUUCCCUUUAAAAAAAAAAAAAGAAACCCGGAUAUUGAGUUUCCGGUUUAGCUGGUCCGUCAGUCAAUUCGCUCCGUAAGCAAAUGUAGGAGAAGAAGGAGAGUUAUGGCAACAAUGAUUGAAGAAAAUGGUCCUUCUACUCAUCAGUCUGAAGUGUCCUCUUCGUCUCAGGCUCGGCAGAAACUAGAGGGGCUCCUGAACAAGAACAUGAGGAUCCGCAUGACAGACGGACGGACUCUGGUGGGGCUUUUCCUCUGCACAGACCGAGACUGCAACGUCAUCCUGGGGUCAGCUCAGGAGUUCCUCAAAUCCACAGACACAUUCUCCCAGGGUGAACCCAGAGUCCUGGGUCUGGCCAUGAUCCCCGGUCACCACGUGGUAUCCAUCGAGGUGGAGGCAGACAGUCUGGAAGACACACAAGGAUUUGGACCUAACCAUUGAUGAAGCGCCUCACCUGCCUGUUUGGACGACACUCAGUGUGACUGUCUCUCAGGGAGCCAGCUGUGUGGCUGAGCUUCAAAGCAGAGUGGACACCUUCGAUGGAGGAUUUUUCUCAGUCACUUCACCUCUACAGAUGCAGAUACAGAACUCCUGUGUCAGUAUUCUGGAUUUAGCCAUUCCCUCUAUGCUUGAAGAUGUGUCCAUUUGCAUCGACAGCUGUACAAUACAGCAUGUGUGUAUGAGAAGGUGCGUGCAAACAGCCGCUACCUGGAUGUGUGUGGAAAUGGUGUUUCUGUGUACGGUAAAUUGUCUUUGUUUCAUGGUUUAAAAUACAUCGCUGUAUUUGAGACUCUGUGUUUAAUUGUUGUCGACAAAAAUGGAUAGAAAGUUGAUGUGUCGGGUGCUACGUGCUUUUUAAAGGGGAACUCCACCACCAAAAAUCAGAGGGUUUUGGAGUUAGAAAGAAGUAAAGUUGUCAGCAUUGUGGGUAAUGUAGGCACCAGAUUUUGACAAAAAUGCUUGAAAUAAAAAAAUACGAUAUCUCCGCA